AGAAGUUUUCUCGUUUGUCGCGGAAAGAAAAAAAUAUAAUUUGUAGUUUUAAAUUAGUCGGGCACAUUUCUCUUCAAAUUAUUAUUUGUUCAAUGUUCUACAGAUUAAUUAAAAUUAAUCAAUUCAAGUGAAAAAAUAAAUAAAAAAAAACAAAGAAACUUGCAAUGCAGUGGGAAUGAAAUUGAAUCUUUUGGUCGUUUACGGAUGCUGUAAUCACUGACCAUCUUCAUCGCCAUCAUCAUCACAAAACAGGAUUUGGACAGUAAUUUUUUUGGAUUAAAAAAGCCUUUCUUUUUGGGUAUAUUCGAUUGAGCACCUCUUAAGGAUUGCCACAUUUUGCUUAGAAAAAGCAAAAUUUUCAUUGUUUAAAAGGCAGUUAUGUCAACCGAAUAAAAUUCAAAUUAAAUAUUCAACACUGCCACUGCGAAAUUCAAAAUUCGAUCGAACUAAAGUGCAUUUGAGAUUUCCCUCCUUAACCACUUACAACAGGGAAUACAAAUAAAAUAAUUCAUUCCAAAUUACAUAAAUAUUUUAUGGAAUCAUGAAUGAUAAUAUGAUAAAAAUAAUUUACCUAGUGCUGGCACUAGGUAUAUUCACUGCGAUCUAUAGUAUAAAUGCUGAAGUUUUGGAAGAAGAAUCUGAAUUAGAAGGACCACAUGUUUGUAAGAAAACUGAAAACUACAAUGUUGAAGUUACGACAACAGAAAUGCAAUCUUUCCAGGAGCGAGUAUCAAUUUGGUGUUGGAAUGUACCGCCGCGAUGUUCUACUUACAGGCUUAAAACCAAAAAAGUUAAUAAAACUCAAAUCUUAUCCAAAUCCCGAAUUGUAAAGGACUGUUGUGAGGGCUAUGAGCUUAACCCGGAAGGAAAUAGUUGCAUACCUGUAUGCAACUUAAAAUGUCAACACGGUUCAUGUGUUGCCCCAGAUAAGUGCAAAUGUGAACAUGGUUUUGGUGGACCCUCAUGUGAUAUAAACUGUCCUCCUGGACGUUGGGGCCAAAACUGCGAAAAUGAAUGUGAAUGCAUGAACAAAGGCACCUGCGAAGCUUACACCGGUGCAUGUGAAUGUGCCAAGGGUUAUGUGGGUAGCAAAUGUGAAGAAUUCUGUCCGCCCGAUCGAUAUGGUGCCAAUUGCUUGGAAGAAUGUCGCUGCGAAAAUGGCGGCAGCUGUCACCAUGUAUCUGGUGAAUGCACAUGUGCUCCCGGUUACACUGGACCAUUAUGUCAAGACCAGUGUCCUGAUGGCAAACAUGGUGCUCAAUGUAAACAAGACUGCCGCUGCCAAAAUGAUGGCAAAUGUGAUCCACACAGUGGUGAAUGCCAAUGUACGUCGGGUUGGAUUGGCCAAGUGUGUGCCAACCGUUGUCCCAAUGGAACUUAUGGUCCAAAUUGCGAGUUGAAUUGUGAGUGCUUUGGUGAUGCAUCAUGCCAUCAUAUCACCGGCAAGUGUGAAUGCCCACCUGGAUAUAUGGGCGAGAAGUGUUUCGAUCAAUGUCCCAACAAUAAAUUCGGUCUAAAUUGCACUGAAGAGUGUGCAUGCAAAAACGAUGCUACUUGUAACCCAGCAACUGGGGUGUGUUCAUGUCAGCCGGGAUGGACUGGUCUAGAUUGUAGCAACCGAACAUGUCCAGAUGAUAAAUUUGGUCUUAAUUGCAAUGCUACUUGUGAUUGUGAAAUGGAACACACGGAAAUGUGCCAUCCAUGGACAGGAAGAUGUGACUGUGCCGUUGGAUGGAGUAGCUAUGAAUGCAACCGUCCAUGUACUUUCCUAAAAUAUGGCAAGAACUGUGAAUUAGCAUGCGAGUGCAAGAAUAAUGCCAAGUGUUCCCCAAUCAAUGGAACUUGUUUAUGUUCGCCUGGUUAUCGGGGAGUCAAAUGCGAAGAGACAUGUGAGGAGGGCAAAUUCGGACAAGACUGCUCUCAAACUUGUGACUGCCAGAACGGAGCUAAAUGCUCCCCCGAAACUGGACAAUGCUUCUGCACUCCUGGCUGGAAAAACAUCAAAUGUGAUCGACCCUGCGAGGAGAAUCAUUACGGAAAAGACUGCCGUGGAGUGUGCGACUGUAAAAAUAACGCAUCUUGUAAUCCAGAAAAUGGAGCGUGUACUUGUGCGGCCGGAUUUACUGGGAAAAAAUGUGAGCGUAAAUGUGACUUCGGAACCUUUGGGCAUGGCUGUGAACAACAGUGCGAUUGUGAUUUCAAUAAUACAAUUGCAUGUGAUGCCGUCGAUGGGCGGUGUAUUUGCAAAUCUGAAUGGGGAGGAGUCCAUUGCGAAACACAAUGUCCACCUGGCUAUUAUGGCGAAAAUUGUGAACAAGCUUGCAGAUGUAUGAACAAUUCCUCAUGUGAUGCUGAAACUGGCAAAUGCAUUUGCUCCAAGGGUUGGACUGGCGAUGAUUGCUCGAAGCCAUGUCAAAAGGGUUUCUAUGGAGCUGGUUGCAAGGAAAAAUGCCCAGAUAUAAUUCAUGGAAACAAAAGUUGUGAUCACAUCACUGGAGAGUAUGUUUGUAGACCUGGUUAUGUUGGAAUGACUUGUGAACAUCCCUGUCCAUUGGGUUUGUAUGGACCAGGAUGUGGACUCAAAUGUAAUUGCAAAUAUGGAAGCGAAUGUAAUCAUAUUAAUGGACAUUGCCAAUGUUUGCCUGGUUGGACUGGUGCCAAUUGUAAUGAAUCCUGUCCAGAAGGUUUCUAUGGCUUGAAUUGUGCUCAUCGUUGUCAGUGUGCAUUUGCAGAAAAGUGCCGGAAAAAUGAUGGCUAUUGCAUUUGUUUACCAGGCUACACAGGAACGAGAUGUGAUGAAGUGUGUCCUGAAGGCUUCUAUGGAGAGCAUUGCAAACACGUUUGUGACUGUCCAAGUCAGAACUUCCAGUGUCACAUUACAGAAGGAUGCGUUUGUCGUCGAGGAUACAAAGGAGAAAACUGUGAUAUUCCAGCAGCUGAACAGAGAGUUCAAGAAGUCGUUAUUGAAUCUAGUCGUGCCGGCCUGGCUUGGGGUCUUGUAUUGGCAAUUCUAUUUGUUGGAAUUGUUGUUGCAAUUGUUUUCUAUUAUCGUCGUCGAGUAUCAAAUCUUAAAACUGAAAUCCAACAUGUUCAGUAUAUAACUGAUCCUCAUGGAUCAUACCCGGAUCGCCAUAACUUCGAUAAUCCCGUUUAUGGAUUCCAAGGUCCUGACACAAGAUUGCUUAAUAAUUUGCGCCCUAAAAUGAAUAAUUUGGAUCGCACUAAUUCAGAAUAUGAUGAUUCUAAUGCAAGCAGCAGAGCUGGCACUUAUUCGAUUAAUUAUAACAGCGACAUGUUGCAGAAAAAUCUAAAUGCUGAUCUCACUAAUCCUAAUGUUUAUAAUAGUAUUGAAGACCCACUCAAAGAGGAGCAUGUUUACGAUGAAAUUAAACAAAAAGAAGGAUAUAAAGAUCCUGUUAAGGAAUAUCGAAAGAAACUAUUCCCUGACGGAAUUGAUAUUUUUUCCCCAGAUGAAUAUGAUCACUUGGACUAUUCCCGGCCCAGUACUUCUUUCAAACCACAUUAUCAUCGCAUGAACGACAACACAAUUUUGAAUAUCAAUAGCGAUGAGGAGAAACCAAGUAAUUUGAAAACAAAGUCAGUGCUAUUAGAGAAAACAUCCGAUACAGAUAGCGAAGCGGCUGGUUAUGAUGAUAGUAUUUGUGACAAUAUGGAUGUAUCAACAGCGUCAGCAAGUUCAAGUAUUUCUCCAAAAAAAUAAAUUUAGCAGAAUUCUAAACAACGAAUUUUGUGAAAGAUGGAAAUACAUAUCCAUUUUAUAGUUUUUUUUUUUUUUUUU